AUGGAAAUCGAUGGAAGAACCACUUGUUUUGCCGGAGAUGUUGUAGUUGAAAUACUCUCAAGACUACCGGUGAAGUCUUUACUCCAGUUUCUGUGUGUCUCAAAGGAGUGGCAUGGCCUCAUAAAAAGCUCUUAUUUCACUGCCAAUCAUCUCCAAAACUCGGAUCCUAAUCUAUCUCUUCACUUCAAGAGAAAGACACCGGACUCUGAAGAUUCAGUGUCAUUGUUUCGCAAUGAAUCCAUACAUUUGGAGUAUAUAGUUGUAUGGAACCCAGCCACAAAGCAGUUUAGGUUUCUUCCUGAGACGGAUGAUCAUUAUCUAAUGGGGCUUGAGUUCUUUCAUGACAUUAGAGAUUACAAAGUGGUCAACAUUCUCCCAUCCGGUCUUCACAACACAAUUCGAGCUAAGGUCUUCACCAGAAGUAACAAAAUUGAUGUACAGACUCUUCAGAGUUCAGCUUAUCAGCUAUCCAUUGCGGCGACAAGUGCGUGUCUAAGGAAGUUUGGGGUGUCAUUUCCAGGAUUCGACCACAGUGAUGAGACUCUGAAGCUUUCUUCACUACUAGGUCCUUUCAUUGAGAUAAAGGUUGAAGCUUGUUCAAGCCUGUGGUGA